CUGACAUCCCAGGAGCCAGCAGGGCCAGGGCAGGAUGGAGCGAAGACGCAUCACCUCUGCACGUCGCUCCUAUGCCUCCUCCGAGACGGUGGUCAGGGGCCGCCACCUGGGCACCAUCCCACGCUUCUCUCUGGCUCGAAUGCCUCCUCCGCUCCCUACCAGGGUGGACUUCUCCCUGGCCGGGGCUCUCAAUGCUGGCUUCAAGGAGACUCGGGCCAGUGAGCGCGCUGAGAUGAUGGAACUCAACGACCGCUUUGCUAGCUACAUCGAGAAGGUCCGCUUCCUGGAACAGCAAAACAAAGCGCUGGCCGCUGAGCUGAACCAGCUUCGCUCCAAGGAGCCCACCAAACUGGCAGACGUCUACCAGGCAGAGCUGCGGGAGCUGCGGCUACGGCUGGACCAGCUUACUUCCAACAGUGCCCGGUUGGAGGUGGAGAGGGACAAUCUGGCACAGGACCUCGGCACCCUGAGGCAGAAGUUCCAAGAUGAAACCAACCUGAGACUGGAGGCCGAGAACAACUUGGCUGCCUAUAGACAGGAGGCAGAUGAAGCUACCAUCGCCCGUCUGGACCUGGAGAGGAAGAUUGAGUCGCUGGAGGAGGAGAUACAGUUCUUGAGGAAGAUCCAUGAGGAGGAAGUUCGAGAACUCCGGGAGCAGCUGGCUCAACAGCAGGUCCACGUGGAGAUGGAUGUGGCCAAGCCAGACCUCACAGCAGCCCUGAGAGAGAUCCGAACUCAAUAUGAAGCAGUGGCCACUAGUAACAUGCAAGAGACAGAGGAGUGGUAUCGGUCCAAGUUUGCGGACCUCACAGACGCUGCUUCCCGCAAUGCAGAGCUGCUCCGCCAGGCUAAGCACGAGGCUAAUGACUAUCGCCGCCAACUGCAGGCCCUGACUUGCGACCUGGAGUCUUUGCGCGGCACGAAUGAGUCCCUAGAGAGGCAAAUGCGUGAACAAGACGAGCGCCACGCGCGGGAGUCGGCGAAUUAUCAGGAGGCGCUUGCCCGGCUGGAGGAGGAGGGCCAAAGCCUCAAGGAGGAGAUGGCUCGCCACCUGCAGGAGUAUCAAGAUCUACUCAAUGUCAAGCUAGCCCUGGACAUCGAGAUUGCCACCUAUAGGAAAUUGCUAGAAGGCGAGGAAAACCGCAUCACCAUCCCUGUACAAACUUUCUCCAACCUGCAAAUCCGAGAAACCAGCCUGGACACCAAGUCCGUGUCAGAAGGACACCUCAAGAGGAACAUCGUGGUAAAGACAGUGGAGAUGAGGGAUGGUGAGGUCAUUAAGGAGUCCAAGCAGGAGCACAAGGAUGUGAUGUGAGGUGUGCCCACCUGGUGGCCCCUGCCAUACAGUGUGAGGGGCCCAGAGCUCCUCCUCAGACAGUCCUGUUCCCUUCCACAUCUGCAUCCCCUUCCCUCUGUUUUUAUGCCUGUCUGCCGGGGCUCAGUCCUUCCUGAGCCUGACAGAUGGUACAUACCCUUGCGCCUUCAACUAACAGGAUACUCACCCCAAAGGGGCAGUCAGGAGGGGAGGGGCCAGCAGCUGAUUAGAAUUGGAAGGAAAGAGGAAAGUUGGGCAGAGCAGGGAGCCUUAACAAAUCAUUUCCUUCAUCCUUGUUGUUAUGGAAACUGUUGCCAGAGCUGGUGGUCUCUGCGAAUUGGACUUUGAGUUUCCACUGGCUGCUGGAGGAAGACAGGAAGUCCAACAGAAAGGGGAGGUCCCAAGGCAAAGCAGCUCUAGCCAGAGACUUAUGCUUCCAGAAUAGCCCUGACUGAUCCAGGAGUGGGUGGGGCAGACCUGCUACCUGGAAUGGCCACUGAGGCAGGCCUAAGGCCCCUUCAGAGUGAUGACUUGUGUCUCAGCCCUAUUGAGUUGCCGCUCAGGUCAGCAGCCUGUGAGCAUGUGGGAACUUGGUUCUCAGCACUUGGGGGGAUCUAUAGCAUAAGUGGAGAAGGAAAUAGUACUGCGAGACAGUAGAGGUGAGGUGCCUGGCCCCUAAGUAUGGAUGCAGAGAGGUCAAGCCCAAGAAGGCUCCCCUACUCGGCUGGAGGAGCACCAGCAGAUGAUCCGGGCAUUGGAGUUGGAAGUUGUAGGCAACCAGUUACACUUGGCUCUGAGUCCUGGGAAUCAAGGAGAUGACUCAUUCUCCUGAAGACACUGAAACAGGAGAGAGAGACUUCUGUCCACUGGGCAGGGUACAGCUGUGUCUCAGGUGUCAAGGUCUAUUCCUGGCUGCAUAGUCCCCAUCCACUCAGUUCUCUGCCCCCCCCCACUGCUACUUUGUAACCCUGGUGAAAUCACAACCAUCCUUUUGAGGCUCUCCAUCCCAUAAUUACUAGCUGUUGUUCUCCAAGCAAGGGGCCUGUGUCCUUUUUUAUGCAUGUUACCUAUAUUUUAGCCAUCAUCCUAUUUGACAACUUGGGAAAUUGAGGCAGGAGCCUGGUAGACUGGUUUGUGUCCCAGCUGCUUAGAGGCAACUUGGGACUACACUUCCACACCGGAGCACCCGCUCUUGGACUGGUUGGUGGGGAAUUGUGCCCGGCAAUGGGGCUGAAAGUUCCACUCCAUUGUCCUUUCCUCCCCUCUAAGGUCAAAACAGGAAAAUGGGCCCCUCCUCCUCCUAGGACAUUGUACCCUCUCCUUCCACUCCUUGCUGCCUCUGCUACCCUCUGCUGUCACCUUUAUUCACUAAGAAGAAAUAAAGACGUGUGUCAUAGCCUUCCA